GAAUAUCUUAAAUUUAUGCUCUAUUCUUUGCUACCUCAGAACACUAGAGAGACUGCCCAUGCAAUUCGAAAGUUGCCUUUGGCCAAGGCUAAAAGGUAUUUGGAGGAUGUGUUAGCCCAUAAGCAAGCCAUUCCAUUCCAACGUUUCUGUGGGGGUGUUGGUCGAACUGCUCAAGCAAAGAACCGUCAUCCAAAUGGACAGGGACGCUGGCCUGUUAAGUCUGCCAAAUUCAUUCUGGAUUUGCUUAAGAAUGCUGAGAGUAAUGCAGAUGUGAAAGGGUUGGAUGUGGAUUCAUUAUAUAUUUCUCACAUCCAGGUAAACCAGGCUCAGAAACAGAGGCGUCGCACUUACCGAGCUCAUGGGAGAAUCAACCCCUACAUGUCUUCUCCCUGUCACAUUGAGUUGAUCUUGUCCGAAAAGGAAGAAGCUGUAAAGAAAGAGCCUGAGACUCAGUUAGCUCCAAGGAAACCCAGCAAGGCUCAAGCUCUAAGAAGUGGGGCUUCUUCUUGAGAAGUGCGGUAAAGGGGUUCGAUGCUGAAGGAUGUUAUUAGUUGUUUCAACUUCACUUUAAAGGACGAUCUUUGUUUCUUCCGGAUCAAAUUUUGUUAUUUAGAGGCAUUUAGAUCUUUUGUUAUUAAACAAACUUUGCUGGUUUUAUCUUUUGGUUUUGUCGCUAGUGGAAAUUUGGACCAUGAAGAGAUAGUUAAAUAUUAAGGCUGCGCUUGUUUGCAGUGUAAAUAAAAAACUACACUAAUGGAGUUUAACAACGGUUA